AUGGCAUCGAUGGAGAACGACCGAGUUUCGGAGACUGAAAAGGGCAUGGAAGGAGCAGAGUCAGACGAUGACAGCCCCUCUGAUGAGUCGGAGCCAGAGGAGGAGGUGAAGCCGCAGCAGUCCAUGCCGCAGAAGACCGUUGAGCAACGACUGGAAGAAGUAGUGGAGCUAUUGAGAGUCGACAGCAAAAACUGGAACACCACCAGCGACGCCGACAAGAGGUGUCUGUUCGGAAGGACAACACACUCUUCCGGACCCACAGCGUUGCACAUCCUAGCUGACAAGAAACUUCUUGAGAAAGACGACUUCAAGGACCUGGUGAAGUACCUGGUGAGAUCUGAUCGAAAUUUGCUGCUGGAAGUCGACGAUAACACUGGUUACACGCCUUUACACUUGGCGAUUUACCGGAGAAUCAGGUCGAUGAUCAAGUGGAUUUGUGCUGCUUGCGACGAGAUUGAUGCGGCGCGGGAAGCAAAGGGCAAGGGGUACAUUGAUGCGGUGCUGAGAAAGAAAGGGACGCUGUUGAAGAGAAACUGCAUCCACCUCGCCAUCGACUACGCGAAGUCUGGCAAGGACAAGACAGCGAGUCUGGUUGACAUGGCAUCGGCAAAGACUCUGGCUGACAAAGAUGAGAAUGGCAACACGCCACUUGCCCUGGCCGUCGAGUACAAAAGAUGCAAUGAGGGCCAGAUCAAGCUCGUCGAAGCCACUGUAGAAAGGUCAGACCACUUCAUUCGGAGCGAUCCAUCACACGACUUCAAUGAGAAGUAUCAGUCGCCCUACAUGUACCAUAUCGCCACAGCACCUGCCGAGAGGUCCAAGGUUGCACCAGCAGAGCCUGUGGCGAUGGUAGACCAACAGCAAAGACGACCAGAGCCAGGCCCGCGAUCGCACAUGCCGAAAGCCAAUAUUGCUGCUUCCAUGGCGAACGCUCACCCGAGCAGGCCCGAUGCAAUGGGAAAGGCUGGGAUGGUUCCGCAGGGCAAAGAUGGGCCGGAGAGGGUUCAGCCUCCAGAUACGGGGGCAAUCUCAAAAACGGCUAGUGAUGCCAACGACAGGCACACCAACGAAGUCAGGGAAUUCUUGAAGAAUCAUUAUCUACGUUCGAGGGACCAGGACGUUGCACUGGAGAUAUUGUACGGCAAGAACCCAAAAUCUGAAAAAGCCAUAUCCUUCGAACUGAGUGGAUAUGAAACGCUGACGAAGAACGAAAUCAAACAGCACAUCUCAAUCCUUGAUUUCGAGAACAUUCUACAAUACGUGGACGUUCCCAUGAUCUCCUCGACCGAGCAAGUUGCACAGCAAAGAUCUAAAGCCCACCGAGCCCGUAUUACGGAUCAGCAGGACGGAGAAGGUCGCUCAGAUGUCCAGACCGUUUUUGAGUUGUUGAGACACAUCGCAGUUCACGUCCAGCAAGGGUGUCUUGAACUCCAUCAACGAGUCGAGGAAAGCAUCAAGGCAUUCCGUGAUAGGCUCAUCAAUCACACCGCACGUGCCAAAGCCUCGGAAAUCCUCGGAGAGCUCCAAGAGGAGAUGGACAAGCAAUUCAACAACCAAUCCAGCAGCAGGAAGCUAAAAGAGGGUGUAAAGGAGCGCUUGGCUGAGACGGGCAAGGACUUCAGAGACGCGCUCCAGAUUGAGUUAGCCAAGGCAAUUGCCCAAGUCUGCCGUGCAAAGACUGAGACACCAAAGGACCAUGGAAAGCAGGAGAAGAAGGUGGCGGUGGACAAGGCCAAGCAAAGCAUCAAGACGUUUGUGUCAAGCGAGAAAAAGAAAGAGUCAGAUGACGACAUCUACACCACCUUAAAGCAGGCGAAGCAGAGGGCCAAGAUGCAGGCCAAAGAAAUCGCACUGGCUAUGGCGCCUCCAUACUUUGACCUCGACAUCGAAGUAAACUACCCAGGAGGCUCGCGCCGCACGUACAACAACACCGCACAGUCCGCAGACGGUUAUCUGGAACAGCCACAGAAGCACGAGUGGAUCCAGUGCAUGACCGAAUUUCGACAAUUGCUAUACAAUGCCGAGAAGAGCUUUUGUACGACCAACGAGAACAAAGAGCUCUUGAAAAAGGCUGUGGAUGAAACAGGCGGUCGGAUCACAGUCGCACUCAUCGACGACGGCAUCGAAGUCACCGAGAUUCGAUUCGACAAGUCAAUUGUGAUAACGGUCAGGAGUUUCUAUCCGAAGCCGCAGGAGAGAACCUCGGACAAGAGCACAUACCUACCUUGGUACCUUUCGAGCAAGGGUCACAGCACUAUCAUGGCCAGUCAGAUUCAUCGCAUAGCGCCCAAGGCAAACCUUUGCUUUUUGAAGUUGCAGGACUCUUACCACCCGCAAUCUAACAAGAGACAGAUCACCAUCAAGAGCGCAGCCCAGGCCAUUCGCGAAGCCACGCGGCGCAAAACCGAGCGCGAGCAGCAGGAUCUGAAGGAACUCGAGGCAGCCAUCGCGGAGUCGUCAGCGGUAGCUCGGUUUCCACUGCGCUCGCCGCCGGACUGGCAGCCUUGA